AAACGAAAAAUAUAUAUCAAAGGGAACAAAAGAAUUGGAUGUAAGGAAAUAUAAAAGAGAGUAGAAAAACAUCAAAAUAAUAAAUAAUCUUACAAAAUUCACUCUUAAAAAGUUUCCCAAAGAGACUGCUUAAUUUGGAUGCUACCAAAAAGGAAAGGAUUUCAAUUUACAGGAGAACAUGUUCUUCCAAUAACCAAAAAUAAAAAAAUAAGGAGGACUUAUACUUUCCUUUUUAGAAGGAGCACAAAAAACAGUAAAUGUAAUGUCCUUUCUUUUUACCUUUUCCAUUUCAUAAUUUUUUUUCCUAUGGAGUAUAUAACUAGUUCACUUUUCAGUAUCUGACAACAUCCUGUACUUCAACCAUGGAACUUUUAGUUGUUAUCUCUGUUUUCUAUAUUUCAAUGGUUAUUGUUUUGAUUUCUCAGGUUUUCUUUAAAAUGAAUAGAGAAAUUAAGAUUGGAGAUCAAUCAACUCCUUCUGUAUAUGACUGCUCAGUUGAUCCUUCUGUUUUGCAAGAUUUGAAGGAGAUAGCAGCACUGAUUAAGAGUGGAGCGUAUAAUAGUGAAGUAAGGAAGAUAUAUAGGGCUAUGAGAUUGACCAUGAAACUCAGGAGGAAACUGAAGGGUCCAAUACUAUCUGCUUUUCUGAUUUAUGCUCUUGGCCCUGGUUCUGAGGUCCAUGUGCGGGUAUCUUCAUACAUGUCACAGGACAUGCACGACAACCAAGUUGAUGUGGAAAUGUCUGAAACUGAAGCCCAUUCAAAAAGUCUGGUGCCUGAGCUUGAAAUUUAUUGCUACUUGCUUGUUCUAAUAUUUCUGAUUGACCAGAAGAAAUACAAUGAGGCUAAGGCUUGUUCCUCGGAAAGCAUCACUCGUCUAAAAAGUAUGAAUAGUACAACUGCUGUUCUUGCAUCAAGACUCUACUUCUACUAUUCUUUAAGUUAUGAACUUGCUGGUGAUCUUGCUGAAAUCCGAGGUAACUUGCUUGCGUUGUACCGGAGUGCAACUCUACGCCAUAAUAAGUUGAGUCAGGAAACACUUCUUAAUCUGUUACUGCGAAAUUACCUUCACUACAACUUGUAUGAUCAAGCAGAAAAAUUUCGUUCAAAGGCCCACCAAGUCGAAGCUCUUUCUAACCAACAGUUUUGCAGAUACCUUUUCUACCAGGGUAAGAUAAAGACAAUUCAGUUAGAGUACACAGAUGCCAAAGAUUCUCUUCUGCAAGCAGCCCAGAAAGGUCCAAUGUCUGCAGUUGGUUUCCAAAUACAAUGCAAUAAGUGGGUUAUUAUAGUCCACUUAUUGCUUGGAGAGAUCCCUGAGAGGACUAUUUUUACACAGAAAAGAAUGGAGAAAGCAUUGAGACCAUACUUGGAGCUGACAAAUGCUAUUCGUAUUGGAGAUCUACAGUUAUUUAGAACAGUAGCUGAGAAAUUUUCCAGCACUUUUAGCCAAGACAGAACAAAUAACUUGGUUAUCAGGGUCAGGCAAAAUGUCAUUAGGACAGGGCUCAGAAACAUCAGCACCUCGUACUCUCGUAUUUCACUGGCUGACAUUGCCAAGAAACUAAACUUGGAUUUUGAAAAUCCAGUUGAUGAUGCUGAGAACAUUGUAGCCAAAGCAAUUCGAGAUGGUGCAAUUGAUGCCACAUUGGACCAUGCCAAUGGAUGGUUGGUAUCAAAGGCAAAUGGAGAUGUUUACUCCACAAAUGAGCCUCAACUUGCUUUUGACCCAAGAAUUGCCUUCUGUCUUAAUAUGCACAAUGAGGCUGUCCUUGCAUUUCGAUUUCCAGAAAAUUUGAGAAAUAAAGGAAGUGUAGCAACGUAGAGAGAGGCUUUUAAUAAAACCAAAUCUUGUAGGAUUAUCACAUGGAUUUAAGUUACAUACACUUAUACAAUAUCAAUGCAAUUUAACUUGAUAUAGCAUGUUAUUAUUCUAUUUUCUAAGUCAUCAUAUCAUCUUGCUAUGAAAAA